GAUGGCGAAUCUGAGAAAGCCCCGCGUUCGGUGGAUUUAACGUAAUCUGCAGAUGUUGAUCGUUCCACCCCAAUCCCGAUGCUCUCGCGGCUUCCAGCAUAAAUGAGUUUUGGUUUUCAUCAACACUUCUGUCAGCCACUUUGUUGUGGUCACACAUUUUGACAUCUACUUAGGAGAGAACGGAGCAGGAUGGGGAAGAAGAUGGCGACGGCGUUGGUGGUGACAGUGAUGGGGCUGCUACUCCUGGGGCUGUACCUCGCGGUGGACACCACCACCACCACGAGUGCCACCCCUGCAUACACAAACUCAGGUACUGGUGGAGGGACCACGCUUGCGGCACUUGCCAAACUGGUGGCAUCGCAUUGCAGUCCGGCCAGAACUAGCUCACCUUCUAGGGAGGAAAUUGAGAGGGUGUUGGUGCAACCCCACAGACGUCUUCUGCAGAUCAAGCGCAAACCUCCCAACAGCUAUCCUCCCCCUCCCAAGAAUCCCCGCCUCGUCUUGCCGCCACCCCCAGCGGCCUAGCGGAUUAGCACAUGAAACAAGUGGAAUUAUACGAGGCAUUUGUAGAGUGUAUCACUCUUGCCUGUUGGUAUAUGCAUACAUACAUCUGAUGUUGCGCGACGUGACUUGAAUGUAGAUGAUGCCUUUCAGUUCGAUCCUAAGUUCUAUUGAUCAGUAGAAGUGAGAAAGGUCAUGGCUCAGCUGGGGCGUCUCAAAUUAUUCUAAUAACUUCUAGUGACUGUUCUUCAUUUUCAGGUGUGGACAGGUUUGAAAAAUAGUUUGCUGCAAUUCAGUGGGCGUUUCACAGUGAUAUCCAAAUGUGUGUAUGUGUAAAUAUACGUAUUCUGUGGUGAA